AUGGAACAUAAGGAAAUGGAUAAUGAAAAUAACAACAAAGAACUCAUUAAAGAAGAACAAUUAAAAAAGGAAGAUCAGGAUUCGAAAAAAGCCACAGACGGUUCUGAAGAAAAUGGAAUUCCACUUGUCAAUAACGUCUCAUUGGGGAAGCACUUACUCAUUGGUAGUUCCUUAAAAAAAGGAAUCAGUGUGAGUGUUAGAGGAAGAGCAGCGAACGCAGGAGCCAAUUCGAAACAAGCUGGUUCGGCAUGGAAGAAAAAAGAUGAGAAAAACAAUGAAGAGGUUGAAGAAGAGAAAGAGAAAAAAAUAGAUGAUGAAUCUUUUCCAGAUUUGCUAGAAUCGACGGAAAAAAUAAAAUCUGAAUUAUCAAAAGAUAAGGAUAAGAAAAAAAAACAAUUGAAAGAUUUUAAAAAGGGAGAUGAUAAUUUUUUAAAUAAUGCAAAUCUAGAAAAAAUGAAAAUGAAUGGUCUUCAUGAUAAGAAAAAAUUUGGAAUGAAUAUGCUUGAUGAGAUUAAAAAAAAUGAGAAUAAUCAGAAAAAGUGGCUUGAAUCAUCAGCUGAUUUUAGUGGCACAAAUAAUAAUGCACCUAAUGAAAAUAAUGAACAUAUCAUUAAGAAUGCAUAUAUUCUUCCAGGCUUUAAAGGAAAACAUAUGAUUGGCUUUAAGUGUUUUUUAAAACGUGGUUCACAGAACCCAGCUCCCCUUCCCCCAGCGAUAUUGCAACAUGAGGAGACAUUUUUUCUUGAAAAUAUAGAGAGUAAGAGUGGUAUGCAGAAGAAAUAUAUGAGGAUGGGUCAGCCAAUGGCUGGUACUGCUGGAUUGAAUAUGCAAAUGGGACCCUUGAUAAAUCAACAUAUGGGGCAGACAAUGAAUAUGCAGAUGGGUCAGGCAAUGAAUAUGCAGAUGGGUCAGGCAGUGAAUAUGCAAAUGGCACAGCAAAUGAAUAUGCAGAUGCAUCUUCCAAUGAAUAACAUGCAUGCUAAUAUGAACCCUAAUAUGCAUAUGAAUGUCCAAGGAAUGAACAAUCAGCAGAGGAACAUGAUGAACAACACAAUGCACAAUUUAGACAUGACAGGAGGAGGAGAUCAUCCAGGUAGCAUGAGGUUUUCAUCAAUGGUUGAACAUAAUAAUCAAAGCAAAUUUGGUGAUAAGAAUAGUAACAUGAUGAAAGGAAAUAAUUUUAAUAGAAGUGGGAAAAUGUUUGGAAACAAUAAUAACAAUAACAAUAUGCAUAAUGCGGAUGAUAUAAUGAUGAAUACUAAAGGAAUGAAUAACAGUACAGGUGGGCAAGGAAACAAUAUGAAUCACAUGAAAAGAAAUGAAAAAAGGGAAGACAGGGGUUUCAGAAGAAAAGAUAUAGACACAGAAAGUAACUGGAGAGUUGCUAGUUCUGCUAAUAGGAAUACAGGUGGAGGAGGAGCAGCAGCAGAGGCAGAUAAGACAAUCACAGGUGGUGGAAUGGCAAACUCUGGUACAAACAACAGUGGAAACAGUAAGAAUAUGAGGGCACACAAUAAUUCUGGGGGUACUGGAAGUAUUAAUACAAGUGGCAUGAAUAUGAGCAACAUGAAUAUGAACAACAUGAAUAUGAACAAGAUGAAUAUGAACAACAUGAAUAUGAAUAACAUGAAUAUGAAUAACAUGAAUAUGAACAAUAUGAAUAUGAAUAACAUGAAUAUGAACAAUAUGAAUAUGAAUAACAUAAAUCCAAACGGGAUGAAAGGAGGAAAUUUUGGGAAUGGAAAAAUGGGGAAUAUGAAUUUCCAGGGAACAGGAAAUGUUCCAGGUAAUAAUAAAAACAUGUUUAUGAAAAGCAAUGAGGAUGUAAAAAAUAAUAUUUUUAAAGGAAAUAUCAUGAAUGACAAGAAUGAGGAGAAAAGCAACAGGGCGUACAAAGGUGGUUUGUUAGGUUCAGGUGCAGAUGGACAAGGGAAUGGAUUAACCAAUGAGAAUGGUAGUGGUGGAGAUGGUUUUGGUAAGAUAUCUAACUAUGGAAACACGAACAACAUCGGAGGGGGUAAUAACAGGAAUCAAAAAUUUGAUUUCAAUAAAAAUGCAUUUGGUGCGAAUUUUGGGUCAGGUAAUAAAGUGAUGCAUUCGAUGGAUCUCCGAAAGGCAAGAAUGAGAGAGAUGAGAAACAUGAGCGAGCACAAUAAUAAAGUGAACGAAGGGUAG